ACCGGGAGCGGUGGUGGAGUUUGGCGACGGAGGCAGCGGCGUCGGCGGCAGGAGCGACGGCAUGCGGGAGGCGAGGUUCAGAGACCACUUCUGGAGCACGGAUCUGACGAGCACAGUUGGCUAUGACAGCAUCAUUCAACAUCUGAAUGAUGGCAGGAAGAACUGCAAGGAGUUUGAAGACUUUUUGAAGGAAAGAGCAGUUAUAGAAGAAAAAUAUGGCAAAGAGCUCAUUAACUUGUCAAAGAAGAAGCCCUGUGGGCAGACGGAGCUGAACACACUGAAGAGAUCCUUGGAUGUCUUCAAGCGACAGAUAGACAGUGUGGGACAAGGUCACAUCCAGCUGGCACAAACACUUCGGGAAGAAGCAAAGAAAAUGGAAGACUUCAGGGAAAAACAAAAAUUGCAUCGGAAAAAGAUAGAGCUGAUAAUGGAGGCCAUUCACAAAAACAGGAAUUUGCAGUACAAGAAGACCAUGGAGGCUAAGCGGCUCUAUGAGCAGCGCUGCAGGGAUAAAGAUGAGGCAGAACAGGCUGUGCACCGCAACGCAAACCUAGUGACGCAGAAGCAGCAGGAGAAGUUGUUCCUGAAGCUGGCUCAGACGAAAUCAGCUCUGGAGGACUCUGAUAGGAGCUACCAACAGAAUGUUACCACUCUGGAGAAGAUCCGGGAAGAAUGGCAGAAAGAGCACAUCAGAGCUUGUGAGUUCUUUGAGAGUCAGGAGUGUGAGCGGAUCAACUACUUUCGCAAUGCCCUGUGGCUUCAUGUCAACCAGCUCUCCCUGGACUGUGUGCAGAAUGAUGAGAAAUAUGAGGAAAUCCGCAAGAGUUUGGAACUGUGCAGCAUUGAGAAGGAUGUUGAUUUUUUUGUAAAUUUACGCAAGACUGGAAGUGUGGCUCCAGCUCCUGUUGUUUAUGAAAACUACUAUAACACACAGAGAAAUGCACCUGCUGUGAGAAGUCCGAUUACUGUACCUAUAUCAAGGAGGGGACCUCUACCCACCCCGACCAGUGCUCCAGGUGAGCCUGAUUAUGCCACAGUUGACGGUUACAGCUUGAUAAAUCACUAAUAACCACAGUUCUCCAGGCAGAAGAUACUGUUGGUCUAGCCAGCAUGACAGAGGUGGUGUCUCCAGUUUUCUUGGCCACACACAGCUGAAGUUUUUAAAGAAAGUAUUUGAGAAUGCUAAUAAUUAUUUGUACAUUCAAGAAAGUGCCUACAAAAAAAAUCUGUGCCUUUGAUCAGCAAACCCUUUGCAUGGAUGUCCUGUCUUCACACUCAUGGGAUAAAAAGGAGUAUAAGUGAUGGGUUGCUGUGAGAAGUUCUUCAUCAGAAGCUAUAUGGGAGAAGUUGAAGUCUCCCACUUUCCAGAUAACUACGAAAUCACAAGUGGCAAGAGGAGCUCUGCACUGUGACUUGGCCAUGCUGGCUUGUUUUCAGGGGAUAUAUAGCAAAUUCAGAUCUCAGGUUAUGCUUUUGCUUGUUUCUGAAAUCCUACAUUAACAGUGAUUAACCUCACAAUUUAGGUUUUUGUCCCUGUCUCUCAGGGAGCUUACUUAAAGGAGCACCAGUAGUUACAGCAUGUCUGGCUUAGCAGUAGAAGUGCUCCAGGCUUAAGUGCGGAUACUGAAGGCUGAUUUGCCUUCAGUACUAGGGUACAGCAGUCUGCAGUGCAGCUACCUAGGGAGAGGCUGUGCUGUCACACACAUGCUGGGAAAUCCCACACCCUACAACACUGAGGAUCUGAAGGAAGUUUGUCUGCUCUUCCAACCACCUCUCCAAUGAGUGGCUUGCAUUUUUUCACGUUCAUGGUAUACCUUGCCCCUGGUACGCUCUGUAGACCUUCAUUUGAUUAGUUCCUGGGAAUCCCUAAACUUUGGAUUUGUUCUGAUUAUAUAAAUCACUGGAUGCAAAGUUGACUACUAAUGUUGGGCUGGAGCCAUGAAAUGGGUUUUCUGGCCAGGUCUCCUCAAAGUUUGCCCCCUUUUUGUUACUGUGUAUAUGAUUCAGAAGCUCAAGUAGCUCAGGGCUGCUAGUCUUUCUGAAGUCCCUGUGUGCAGGGUUGCUUAACAGCUUCUCAGUGUCACAUGACAUUGGACACAGGGACCAGCACACCAUUUAGCUGUCUAAACCAUGUGCCAGGUGACUAACUUUGGAGGCAAAGAAGUUACUAGUUGUAUGAUGUUCUUAAAAUUGAAUCUGCAUCACUUCAGUGUAUCCCACAUAGUCCCUGGCGCUUUCAUUCUGUUUCCAUGUGUGGAGAAGAUCAUACAUGGUGAGCUUUAACAUCUGUCCUGCUGCAAUAUAAUGAACUGUGCGACGUGCACAUCAAGGAAUCAGUUGUUCUCUUUUAUUUCUGAAAGAUCAAGCAUAAAAAUAUUCUUCUGAACAAGCAUCCUGUAGUCUUACUUCAUUAAAUGCAUAUUUUAAAAAGAA